UGGUGCCGCGCGCACCCCUCGCGCAUGGACGCGCUCCGCGUGGCCAUCGCCGCGCCCGAGGGCACGCCCUACAGCGGGGGCCUCUUCAUCUUCGACGUGCGCUUCCCGCCGACCUACCCGUCCGGCCCGCCGAGCGUCCAGCUCCUCACGACGGGCCGCGGCACGGUGCGCUUCAACCCGAAUCUGUACGAGUGCGGCAAGGUCUGCCUCAGCCUGCUGGGCACCUGGGAGGGCCGGGCCGGCGAGACGUGGAACGAGCGCACGAGCACGCUGCUCCAGGUCCUCGUGUCCAUCCAGGCCCUCAUCUUCGUGCCCGACCCCUACUACAACGAGCCGGGCUACGAGCAGCAGAUGGGCACGCCCGCGGGCGACGCCAAGAGCGACCAGUACCGCGCCAACGUCAAGCAGAACACGGUCAAGUGGGCCAUGCUCGACGCGCUCAAGAACCCGGACCCGUCGUUCAAGGACGUCGCCGAGAAGCACUUC